AUGGCUCUCCAACUUCUGAAACGACCUCGACCGCUGCCCGCUUUCAAAGACGAAGAAAAGGGUAUUUAUGCGCAGUGGAAGAUCAAAGUCAGCGCUCAAUUUUAUCAGUUUCGACACCGAAAUACUGCAAUUUGUAGGGAUUCUUCUACCGAAAGUCAGGAUUACCGAAAAUAUCAGUGAAAGGAGUGGCACGAGUACGAUACGCAGACCUAGAGGUAGAAGGCAAGCUUCCGCAUUUUACAAUUAAAAAGCAGUUGGUUAGUCGAUUAUUUUUUAGGAAAAAGAAAGGUCCGGUCCUCUUUAUAGGUAAACAUUGGUUAUGUGGAACAUGUCAACGAUGAUAUUUUGGAUGUGAGAGGAUGUGAUUUCCGGCUAUUGAUAUUUGGAGUUCAUCAUGUUGAGGUAAGGAGCGAAAGUUAGAGGAAUGUGUGUUUUUUCCUUUUCAUCACACAUUUUCAGACAUUUUUGCCUAAAAAGCUUUCACUUUUUCCAAAACCCAAUAACUUCUGUUGUCAAUUUUUGAAAGUUUCUAGAUAAAUUUUUGAUUUUGCCCACUCUUUCUUCUCUGCAGAUCAUCCGCGACUGGCUCCGUUUUCUGGUGAUAAGACAACGCAUACCACACUCACUUAUGGGUCUUCCGUUUGAUUGGCAGGUACCAAACUCUCGUUCAUUAUCGUUUUCUCCAAAACAGUGAAUUUUCAGGUGAAACCAGUUAGAGACGACAGACAACUUCAAUUAUCUCGAAUUUCACCAUUCCAUUGUUUCAAAAUUUGGUAA